UCCACCUCACUUCCAUUAACAAUCACCCUCUCUAAAACAAUCCCAUAUUCUCUUGUCUAUUUGAUUGCCCUUGUGUUCCCUUUACAAUUUAAAUUUCUUUUACUUGUUUUAAUCAUUUUCCAUUCACAACACAUAUCAUCAUCAACAUGCCUGAGGCUCCUGGAGACUCCACCAAAGACUAUGUUCUUGAAGAGAAGAACAAGAAAAUUUUGGACUUCAUAGAGGAUGUGACCAACAACGCAGAUGAAGUCCAGAAGAAGGUUCUCUCUGAAAUCCUGUCCCGCAAUGCAAACGUUGAGUACUUACGGCGACACGGUGUCAAUGGCCAAACCGUCGACCCUGACACCUUCAAGAGGCUUCUCCCUGUCAUUACAUACGAGGACAUCCAACCAGACAUCAACCGCAUCGCCAAUGGUGACAAAUCUCCAAUCCUUACCUCAAAACCUGUCACAGAAUUUCUCACCAGCUCUGGCACAUCAGGGGGUGAGAGAAAGUUGAUGCCAACAAUUGAAGAGGAGCUAGGAAGGAGGUGUAUGUUGUACAGCCUCUUGAUGCCAAUAAUGAAUCAAUUUGUCCCCGACCUAGAAAAGGGCAAAGGAAUGUACCUAAUGUUCAUAAAAUGCGAGUCCAAAACACCCGGAGGCAUAGUGGCUCGCCCAGUCCUCACAAGCUAUUACAAAAGCCCUUACUUUAGGGACAGAUCCUACGACCCAUAUACAAACUACACAAGCCCAAAUGAGACCGUCCUAUGUCUUGAUUCCUACCAAAGCAUGUACUCCCAACUUCUAUGUGGCCUUUGCCAACACAAAGAGGUUCUAAGAGUUGGUGCCAUAUUCGCCUCUGGCUUCAUCCGUGCCAUUAGGUUCCUUGAGAAACAUUGGGCCCUUUUGUGCAAUGACAUCAAAACAGGAACUAUUAACAACUCAAUCACUGAUUCUUCAGUGAGAGAGGCUGUGAUGAGGAUCCUCAAGGCUGAUCCCAAGCUUGCGGAUUUUAUCCACAAUGAGUGUAGUAAAGGGUCAUGGCAGGGGAUUAUUACUAGGCUUUGGCCCAAUACAAAGUAUGUGGAUGUUAUUGUGACGGGGACUAUGGCACAAUAUAUACCCACUCUGGAUUACUAUAGCAAUGGCCUCCCACUUGUGUGCACCAUGUAUGCUUCUAGUGAGUGUUACUUUGGGGUCAACCUCAACCCUCUUUGCAAACCUAGCCAUGUGUCUUACACUCUUAUCCCCACCAUGUGCUACUACGAAUUCUUACCGGUUAAUCGAAGCAAUGAGCUUGCUGCUUCAAGACCUUCACCAACUUCUCUCAAUCAGGCACAACAGCAAGAAUUGGUGGAGCUUGUUGAUGUCAAGCUUGGCCAAGAAUAUGAGCUUGUUGUUACAACUCAUGCCGGACUUUAUAGGUACAGAGUGGGAGAUAUACUAAAGGUAUCAGGAUUCAAGAACAAGGCCCCUCAAUUCAGCUUUGUUUGUAGAAAAAAUGUUGCCCUGAGCAUAGAUUCCGACAAGACUGACGAGGUUGAGCUUCAGAACGCAAUGAAAAAUGCAGUGACACACUUGGAGCCAUUUGAUGCACACGUGAGUGAGUACACAAGCUAUGCAGACACAACCACAAUCCCAGGUCAUUAUGUCUUGUACUGGGAGCUCAAUCUCAAAGGGUCAACCCCUAUUCCACCUUGUGUGUACGAGGAUUGUUGCUUAACCAUUGAGGAGUCACUCAACAGUGUGUAUCGCCAAGGGCGUGUGUCAGACAAAUCAAUAGGGCCCCUUGAAAUCAAGAUUGUGGAACAAGGCACCUUUGACAAACUCAUGGACUAUGCCAUUAGCUUAGGGGCAUCAAUUAAUCAGUAUAAGGCACCAAGGUGCGUCAAGUUUGCCCCCAUUGUGGAAUUGUUGAACUCGAGGGUAACAUCCAACUAUUUCAGUCCUAAGUGUCCAAAGUGGGUUCCUGGACACAAACAGUGGAUCCAUCAGAAUUGAAGAAUCUAAACAUGGCACAUUAUUAUAUGUUUUCAUGCGAGAGUGAAUCUUUUUAUGUUGAAUUUUUAUGUGGUCAUGUUUUAUAAAAAAAAAAAAUGUAUUUAUCUCUCUCUGUACACAAAUUUUAAUUGUCUCAUCUAUUUAAUUUUUAAGAAGAAAGAGAUACGCACAUUUUUUUUACCAGAUAUGAUCAUAUAAAAAUUAACACAUGAUAGUUCAUUCUAAUAGACAUGUUAGGGAAAGGUUAAUUACUCUAUUUAGGUCAAAUCUAUGUUUUAACUUGUGUAAUGUAUAUAGUGCGUGAUUAAUCGUGGCCUUUAUCUUAGCCACUGUAAAAUUUUAUCCAUUUCAAUAGCUUUUUUUUUU